CUAAUUUGAAAGCAAGGCGAAAUAACAUGGUUGAAUGAGUUAGGGCGAACUUCCUCAGGAAAUACAAAUUAAAAACAAGCUAGUGGUUGUGUAUAGCAAAGAGAGUACAGAAUGCGCUGGUAUCUUCUCCUGAGCGUGGUUCUCAUCAUAGCUAUCUAUGCAGAAUGUAAAUCAAUUGGAGGACGAAAAAAGAAAGCACAUAAAGCACUCAGUCAAGUACAAAAAGAAUUCCAAUCACUUUCAGAUUCAGUGAAAGAAGAAGCGCAUCGUGUAGCUGUAGCUGAUAGAAAACGAAUUAAAACAGAAAAGGUUAAACCAGUAAGCUCAAAGCACUUCCAACAAGAGCAAGAUGAAGACGAGGAAGGAGAUGGCGAUGAUGACGAAGAAAAUCAUGAUGAUGGACCACAGGAAAGUACAGAAGAAAGUCCAGCUGCAAGAAGUGAUGAUAGUUAUGAAGACGGAAGCACUGACGAGCAUGAGAACCCCGACUCACGAUCAGAAGAGGGAAGUGGCGUAGAGCCACCACAUCCUCCACCCAAACAACAGGAACCACAAGAGCCAGAGAAACAAGAUCCAUAUGCACCAGUCGAGUUUAAGGAUGAUGGCGUCCAUGGCUACCAACAAGUGAUGCCAGACGGAACCGUACAAGGAAGCAUGAUUAUAGAUCAAACUCCACCUCCAGAUCCAUAUGCAGCAUACGGUAGCAUGUGUGCACCUUCCUGUCCAGCCUCAUGUGCUCCAAGCUGUGCACAGCAAUGUUGUACUCAACAACAAAUGGCUCCUCCUCCUCCACCACCGCCACCACAAGAGCCUCCAAAGAUUGAAUUGUGGAAAGAGCGUGCUAAAUACGAGCCUGGACCAAAUUACCCACCGCCACCAGCACCUAUGGCUAAACCAAGACCGUUAACAUGCCCGCCACCAUGUUCAGCUGCAUGUGCUCCUUCUUGUGAUGCUUCUUGUUGUAGUCCUCCACCUCCACCUCCACCAUCUUGUCAACCUGUCUGCCCUCCUCCACCACCACCUCCACCACCUCCAUGUCCACCGCCAUGCCCACCACCAGCUCCUAUUCAACCACCAUGUAUACCGUGCCCACCACCACCACCACCUCCACCGCCGCCACCACCAAUUGGAUGCACGCCCUCGUGCUCACCUGUUUCAUGCUCUUUUGGAUGUCCAUCUCACUGCUGCGCACGAUAUGUAAUUCCCGCUAAAAAAUCAAAAUUAGUGAAGCAUAAAAAACACCACAAAAAGAAUUAGACCUUAAAUAAUAUUUAUCCUGACUAUAUUUUGUACUAACAGAAUUUUCUAAAUAAUAAUCACUCUUUUUA